UCUUUCUCCCUCCUCCCCCUCUUUCUCUUUCCUUUCUUUUUUAACAUUUUUACAGAUCUCAUCAGCAAGUGAGAGGAAACAAAUGCAGUUUUCAGAUCAACAGGAGAUCGUAUUUCCCUGACAUGUAUAUGCACACUUAUGGAAUCAGUGGGCACAGGAACGCACAGCCUCCAAAAGCAGAAGACUGCACAUGAUCUGUCGAUCAAAACAUUCUGGAUAGUGGACCAAAUUUUUUCUUCACAAGACUUUCAAGCACUUUUGGAUUGCAAUCAAAUCAGUGAAAAGGUGUUAUACAUGUAGAAUUUUCUUUACCUUUUUCUGAAGUCAUGUCAUCAUUCACAACACUCGUUUCUGAACAUACCAUGACAUCGCUCAUGACUGAAAGGAUGGACACUACCUCGCUUUUGGAUACCGGGAUGACAAGUGAUGCGCUAUCCACGGAAAUGGAAGAGGGAGGAUCGGUAGUCACAUAUCCAAAGUACAUACAGAUCAUUGCAUGUACUGUGGGUAUACCUAUCAUUGUAGUUGGAUCUGGAGGGAACCUACUCACUAUUCUGGCUGUGGCAAAGAGCAAGCGACUGCGGGCUAACACCAUGAAUCUCUACAUCGUCAGUCUCUGCGUGUCUGAUAUUCUGUACUGCACUACUAUCCUCCCCGUGCUCCUGGCCGUAUACACCCACAACGCAUGGAUUUUGGGACAGACCUACUGCAAAAUCUAUGCCACGCUUCUCUUCACGUUUGUAGGUGCUACUCUGAUGUGUCUUGCAGCGAUCGCUCUCAGCCGAUACUUCAAGAUACGGCACGCCGCCAUCUACAAUCGCCUGUUCACAAAGUAUCUGUUCAUUGGCGGUCUGAUAGCUAUUGCUUGGAUGCUUCCUCUUAUGUUCUUGUUUCCAGCCAUCAUCGGAGUGUGGGGGGGCAUCGGCUACGAACCCAAAACGCUCACAUGCACCAUUCUUCGCCAGAACUCCUCCUACAACCAUUUCUUCAUGGCCUCAGCCCUUAUCCUUCCUACCGCGUUCAUUGUCACAUUCUACCUUCGUAUCUUCUGCAUCGUCCAGGCAAGCAACAGGCGGAUAAACAGCCACAACAUGCAGCUACCUGCUCCGUCCAAUGAAUCCAAGACAGGAGCAGGACAGCAACGCAAGAGGUGCGUGCGUGAAGAUCUCUCCUUCACGCGCAUGAUGAUCGCCAUCUUCAUCAUCUUCAUCGCCUGUUACUUCCCCUACAUCAUCACCAAUCUCAUCGACCCUGAGGUCAAGGUACUGGAUUUGCAUUUCUUCGCUGGGAUGUGCUGUUGGUUCAGUAGCUGCCUCAAUCCUGUGCUCUAUGUCUUUAUGAAUAGGCAUUUCCGCAGAGCAUUUGCUAACUUGUCUUUGUGGCGCAGUGAAAGCAUAACCACUUAGUUAUCAUCACACAAGCACAACAUCCUUCAAAUGAGACCGGGAUGAACAUUCAAAGAAUAACCAAUCAUUAUCUCUACUAUGGUAUUGUGGUACAGUACUAUUAAAUAUUCUAAAAACAUUGCACACACACACACAAAAAAAAAAACGCUUAGCUUUUAUUUCAUGACAUGUGUAACUAAUUACAGCAAAAAAAAUUAAGCAUAAAAAUCAGAGCAAACUUACUUUAAAGAAGAGGUAGAGUCUGUGAUGGACAUUCAAAGAAUAACCAAUUAUUAUUCUACUAUGGUAUUGUGGUACAGUACUAUUAAAUAUUCUAAAAACAUUGCACACACACACACACACACACACAAACGCUUAGCUUCUAUUUCAUGACAUGUGUAACUAAUUACAGCAAAAAAAAUUAAGCAUAAAAAUCAGAGCAAACUUACUUUGAAGAAGAGGUAGAGUCUGUGAUGGACAUUCAAAGAAUAACCAAUUAUUAUUCUACUAUGGUAUUGUGGUACAGUACUAUUAAAUAUUCUAAAAACAUUGCACACACACACACACAAAAACGCUUAGCUUCUAUUUCAUGACAUGUGUAACUAAUUACAGCAAAAAAAAUUAAGCAUAAAAAUCAGAGCAAACUUACUUUGAAGAAGAGGUAGAGUCUGUUUGAAUUGUAUCAUUAUCUUCAGUGCUACUUUCAUCUUCUUUAAAAAUCAUCGUCUCUAAGAAACCAACUGAAAAUCAAAAUAUAAAUAGCAAAUAUGUGAACGAUGCUUUCAAAAAAAUUAUGUGUACUUCAAGCUGUGUAAUGUGUCUUUUAAAGCUGCUACCACAAGCUUUAAGAGUUGCUACCGUAAGUAUGUACUGUAAUUGACUAAGUAGUAUGUACAUGGUUUAUUUUACAAAUAUAAAAUCAUGAUUGAGAGACUUGCAAGGGAUAUUGAAAUACACCCCAGCUUAUUUU